CAACUCUGCAAAUCGAUUUAUCGAAUCACUACCAUCACCAACAACUAAAGUCAAAAAUUGCACGUCAUCCGCAAAGCAAGCGAUUUUUUUGUUAAAGGAUUCCCAAAAUUGUUUAUAUUUUUUGCACAUUAUAUAUCCACUCUCGAGAAGCGGCCGCAUCAUGUUUGGCAGACAAAGCGGAUUGGGCAGUUCGAUUAGCUCAAAUUUGGUUGAGUUUCGCGCAGGACGAAUGAAUAUGGUUGGUAAAAUGGUGCAUCCGGAUGCGCGCAAGGGUCUCGUCUACAUGACGCAGAGCGAGGAUGGCCUGAUGCACUUCUGCUGGAAGGAUCGCACCAGUGGCAAGGUCGAAGAUGAUCUCAUCGUCUUCCCCGAUGACUUUGAAUAUAAACGCGUCGAUCAAUGCAAAUCGGGACGUGUUUAUGUCCUCAAAUUUAAGUCCAGUUCACGUCGCAUGUUCUUCUGGAUGCAAGAGCCCAAGACGGAUAAGGAUGACGAACACUGUCGUCGCAUCAAUGAACUGCUGAACAAUCCCCCCUCGGCUCAUCAGCGCGGGGGCGGUGGCAGUGGCAGCGAAGGUACCGAUUUGCAGUACAUGUUGAAUAAUAUGUCGCAACAACAGUUGAUGCAACUCUUUGGCGGCGUUGGCCAAAUGGGCGGACUCAGCUCGCUGCUGGGACAAAUGAACUCCCGCACGCCUUCGUCCCGCAACACAUCCUCCUCGGGUGGCGGCAGUGCUGCCUUGCAAACGCCCGAAAAUGUUAGUGUGCCACGUACACCAUCCGCCCCCACAAAGGGUGGCAAUAACUCCUCAUCCAAGUCAUCCACGGGCAGCAAUCGGAACAGCAACAAUUUGCAGCCAAGCGAUGUUGCCGGCGGCGGCAGCUCAAGCGGUGCCGAUGGUACCUCCGAUGCCUCCGGUAAGAAAACAGCGAUUAGUUCCACUAAGACUAAGAGCGAUGCAACAGCAGCAGCAGUGACUAGCAGCGGAGCAUAUGCGAAUCCAUUCCAAGCCUAUUUAUCGAAUCUCUCCCCCGAACAUGGCGCAGGUCGUUCACUCAAUAUCGACCUGUCGACAGCGUUGUCCGGUGCGGAUGCAAUCAAUCAACUGAUUGCCGAUCCCGAGCGUGUCAAAUCGUUGAUUGUACACCUGCCCGAGUCCGAGGAUGCCGACGAGGAUCGCAAGCAGCAGAUCAAGGAUCACAUCAGCUCCCCGCAAUUCCAGCAGGCACUCGCACAAUUCUCGAACGCUUUGCAAUCGGCACAACUUGGUCCGGUUGUUAAGCAAUUUGAGUUGUCCGUGGAUGCGGUGGCCGCCGCCUAUUCCGGCAAUCUGGAGGAUUUUGUGCGUGCCCUCGAGAAGAGUUUGCCCGCCGGUACCUCGAUGGCCGUCGAUGAGGCUGUCAAGGAUAACUCUGCCGGCGCCGCCUCCGAUAAGAAGGGCGAUGCUGCUGAUCAGUCUGGCAAGGAGGAGAGCGCCGCUUCUGGCGAGAAACAGGCGGAUGAGAAACAAAAAUAGCCCGCCUUUUAAUUGGCCCGGAUUUCAAUCAAUAAUCCUCCCCCAAAAUAUAUAUAUUUAAUUAAUAACAAUUGAAACAAUUGAAAAACCAUUCAUUUUUGUGCACAUUUAUCCAAGUUUUCGAUGCAAAUAUAAAUUGGCCAUGCAAAUACA